CCUCCUUUGCUUUUUCUUACUUUUGAAUCGUGUCCUGCCAUACCGUCUUUCGUAUACAGCAAGCAUAUAAUAUGUCAUCUUCAUUUGAUCUUACAAAAAUUAUACGUCCCAAUAUUUUGGCUUUGACACCUUAUCGUUGCGCUCGUGAUGAUUAUAAUGAAGGCAUCUUACUCGACGCCAAUGAAAAUGCUUAUGGUCCCUCUCUAGCUAAUAUCGAAAAACAUCACCAAGAAGGCAAUCUCCACCGAUAUCCAGAUCCUUAUCAAGUACAAAUCAAGGAGCGACUUUUGAAAUUACGUAGAGGAUUGGAUAGUACCAAACAACUUUUCUUGGGCGUAGGAUCAGAUGAAGUGAUCGACUUAUUGAUACGUAUUGCAUGUGUACCCGCCAAAGACAAAAUUCUGAUUACACCACCAACUUAUGGCAUGUAUUCUGUUUGCGCACAAAUUAAUGAUGUUCAAGUGGUCAAGUCUAAGUUAAAUGUUGAAGAAGGAGCUUUUCAAUUGGACUUAAAUAGCGUAUUCGAAAAUUUGAAGAUUCACCCUGAAGUUAAAAUUGUAUUUUUAUGCUCACCUGGUAAUCCUACAGGUACAUGUCUUCGUCACGAAGACAUUCGUGCCAUCCUCGAUUCCGAUUAUAAGGGACUUGUCGUUGUAGAUGAAGCCUAUAUCGAUUUUGUCGUUGAUAAAGAAGGCCAAGGUUCUGUUGCCUCCUGGGUUAAUCAAUACCCUAAUUUGGUCGUUAUGCAGACGUUAAGUAAAAGUUUCGGUUUAGCUGGCAUUCGUGUUGGUAUUGCCAUCGGUCAUCCAGACCUAAUUCAAAUCCUUAACAAUACCAAAGCGCCCUAUAAUAUUGGCACACCUAGUUCAUUAGUAGCAUUAGAAGCUCUUUCUGAUGAAGGCCUUCAAAAAAUGUAUGACUAUCGUGACCAAUUGAUUGCUCAACGUACAGUGAUAAUUGAUAGACUGAACCAGAUGGAAGGCACAGGUCGUAUUUUAGGCGGUAACGAUGCCAAUUUUGUAUUAGUAGAAAUCUUGAACCCUCUCAGCAAAAAGCCUUGUAAUGAUCUCGCAGCCAAGGUCUAUAAAAUGAUGGCCGAGGAUUUGGGCGUAGUUGUCCGUUUUAGAGGAACAGAAUAUGGUUGUGAAGGAUGUUUGAGAAUUACAGUUGGCACUAAGGAAGAGAAUGAGAAAAUGCUCUCUAUGUUGCAAAAGGCUAUUAAAUCUGUUAAUUAGAAAAACCGAAUAUUAAAGAAGGUAUCAAUAAACGUUGCUUUUUGUUCAAGAAUUGUUAAAAAUCUUCUCGUAUUCGAUAAAGUUUUUAAAGAAAAAUAGCGUUUUGACCACCAAUAAUGUGAGUUUUUUGCAUAGAUGCCAAAUUAUGGUAUUCUAAUGCAGUACGACCUUUUUUACAGCAUUUGAGAGAAAGUCACGGAAAGAAGAAUAAGGGAAAAUUGCAAAAAAAAAAA